CUAUCAGACGCGUCGACACAGAGCCGAGCGCGAAAGCUGACGAAGUAACUAAAGCUCUCAGUAACGGUAACAUACAAAUCACGCGAUACUUCGCAUGGCACACUGUCUUCGAAUCCCACGGCUCAGCUGACGCGGCGCGGUGCGCGAGGAGCUGGCGAUCCAGGGACGAGGUGGCGGUCGGGGAGGAGACACUGGAGCAGAGUUUGGUUUGACCCUCCCACACCUCCAUGACACGCUCCACCUCACAGACAAAGAUAACCCCCCCCGGCUCUCACCGUCUCCAUGGUGAGAGUCCCGGAACCUGUUUCCAUGGUGACCAACUAGAGAGCACCCCAGGAUUCCCAAUCUGUUGUCAUGGUGAUACCUAAGGAGAGAAGCAGGUUGCGGAUCUGUUCUUUAUCGUCACGGCGAUCGUGUAGUAGGUGCCAGCACGGUUGAAGCUCCGCAGGGAGGCUGAGUGGGCGUGGCCAUGGGCAGGCCCCGCCUUUUCCACAUCUUCCUGCUGCUGGGCUCUGCCCUCAUGGUGCUGCUGAUCAUCAUCUACUGGGACGACAUGGGGACCCCCUACUCCUACGGCCGCUCCCCCCUCUCCCCCUUCUCCCCCGGGCCCAGGACCCCCCACACCCCCCCCCAACCACAGCAAGGACCAAAACAACAGCAGCAACAACAGCAACAACAACAACAACAACAACAACAGCUGCAAGCGUCGCGGUCUCCGUCCUUCCUCUCGGACAUCAACGCCUUCGUGAACCAGUUCCUGGAGCUGGGCACCGGGGAGCCCACCGACCCCGCCCCCCUGGACACAGCCAACCAAUCAGAGAGGGCGGAGGAGCGCUACGUCCCGCGGCGGGAAUGGAAGAUCCACCUGACGCCCGUGGCCGCUGAGCUGCAGCAGAGACAGGUCUGCCGCUGCUCACCAGCCUCAGCUCACAACUCAGAGCGGCGACGGCGGAGGCUGCAGGAGGCGUGUGCAGAGGACAGUGUGACGUUCCCCGGGAAGAAACGCUCGUUCGAUGACAUCCCCAACAAGGCUCUGGACCACCUCAUCGUGGAUGACCGCCACGGCAUCAUCUUCUGCUACGUGCCCAAGGUGGCGUGCACCAACUGGAAGCGGCUGAUGAUCAUCCUGAGCGAGAGCGUGCUGCAGGACGGGGUGCCAUACACGGACCCCCAGGCCAUCCCCCGCAGCCUGGUGCACAACCUCAGCUCCCACCUCACCUUCAGCAAGUUCAGGCAUCGCUACGGGAAGUUCUCCCAUCACCUCAUGAAGGUGAAGCUGAAGAAGUACACCAAGGUUCUGUUCGUGAGGGACCCCUUCGUCCGCCUCGUCUCCGCCUUCCGCAACAAGUUCCUGGAGACCAACGACGACUUCUACAACCUGUACGGCAAGGCCAUCCUGCGGCGUUACGGCCUCCAGCCCACGCCCCCCGCCCUGGCGGCGGAGGCAGGGGCCGCGGGCGUCCACCCCUCCUUCCUGCAGUUCGUCCAGUACCUGCUGGACCCCGACACGGAGAAGGAGGCUCCCUUCAACGAGCACUGGCAGCAGGUGUACCGUCUCUGCCACCCCUGCCAGAUCCAGUACGACUUCGUGGGCCACCUGGAGACGCUGGAGGAGGACGCUGAGCAGCUGCUGAGGCAGCUCAGGGUGGACAACGUGGUGCAGUUCCCCCCCGCCGCGCGCGGGAACCAGUCCGCCGGACUCUCCCUGGCGGACUGGUUCGGGGCCGUGCCGCUGGAGGCCCGGAGGAGGCUGUACCAACUGUACCAGCCGGACUUCACGCUGUUCGGGUACCCGUCCCCAGAAGCCAUCCUGGAGGAGGGAUACGCACUCCAAACCCAUCCUGAGGAGGGAUACGCCCUCCAAACCCAUCCUGAGGAGGGAUACGCCCUCCAAACCCAUCCUGAGGAGUGAUUCGCCCUCCAAACCCAUCCUGAGGAGGGAUACGCCCUCCAAACCCAUCCUGAGGAGGGAUACGCCCUCCAAACCCAUCCUGAGGAGUGAUACGCCCUCCAAACCCAUCCUGAGGAGGGAUACGCACCUCAUGGGAGGUCAAAGCGCCAGACUUGUGUAGCGUGUUGUUCUUUCCUCGUCUUUGAAGUGUGAAGGCCAAGUCCCUGCCCUCCGGCCUCUAGUCACGCCAUGCCUCUACCCAGCCAUGCCUAGCUUUUAUUUUGUAACGUGGGUCGCCCCCCCAGGAUUUGUCUCCAGCCUGUUGCCGUUAGACAAAGCCCCCUUUCUGUGACGUCACGGAUAUGUUGUAGCUCUCUGCGAGGUCAAAACGUCCCUCCACCAGGGUGGGAUUGAAUUGGAGCAGAAACCUUCUGAUGCUCCUAGUGAGGCAGGGGGCCGUGUGGAACACAGAAGAUGUGGGCACCCCCAGGGCACCCUGUGGGAACAAAGGGAAGUUCAAGAGGUGGUUGGUUGCACUCCUAACUCAAUGUUUACUUAUUGGUCUUGCAUGAUAAAUUUACCUUCAGCAUUGUUGCGCUGGGUUUAGUUAUGAUAUUCAGCCGUUUCUGUAUACCUCAUGUGCAGAUAGGGGUUUGCCCUGUUCUGUGUUUGAUUUUAUAUUUCAUCACUCAAUUCUGGUGCAAAGCCAGAAUCGUGUUUAAUUGCAUGGAUUUUUUUUCUACUGUGCAAAUGACUUGUUUGACUUCCUAGCAUGAUAUUGUGUCAGUAGGAAACGGUGUACACAUAGUUCAAUAGAUCCUAGUUCACAGUCGAGGAAACACCAAGCACAACAAAGGGAGAUGAGGUUUGGGUUGGAGGUCGUCUCUCAGGCCUCCAGGACCCCAGAGUUCUCCAGAGCUCUCUGUGUGUGGGACAGGGUCGUGUGCUAUGCUACUCUGCUUCAGGAAACCAUCGCAACACGGCCCCCAUAAUGCUUAACAUGGGCUAUAGGGUAGGUGGGAUGUAGGGUUUAGGGUA